UUUAAUAAAAGAAAGAAAGGCCCUUGUGUUAACACCAUCCUGAGCUCGGCAGGCCCAGCCUCACUCCCUCCCCUACAGGGAAGAGGGAGAACACAGAUGUCCCUGGAGCCAGCCCCACAGGGCAUUAGGGGGCCCCCUGGACAGCCACAACGUUCAAUUUAUCUCCUAGCUGCAGGCCAACACCCAAGGAGCAUCCAGGGGCCUUAAGGUGGAGAGGGCAGAUGAGGAAGCUUUUGACAGCCUGAGACAGAGGCCCCACACACACAGCCCUGCUCCACCAGAAGCAUGAGGCUCCUUCGGCUGCUCAUCUUGGCCAUGCUGGCUGCCUGCAGCCUCUCAGGAAAGCAGACAGAAGACAUCACCAUUGCCUACAAAGUGCUGGAAGUGUACCCUCAAAGCCGCCAAGUGCUUAUAAGCUGCGACAUCCCGGAGGCACCCCGGCCCAUCACUUACUCCCUCAUAGCUAGCCGAGGUCUCCUGGUGACAAAGAAGGUUGUGCACGACUACAAGCCAGUCUCCUUCAAAAUCAACGUCACACUCAAGUCCAGCCCAGACCUGCUCACCUACUCCUGCCAAGCAGCCUCUCACUCGGGCGCCUAUGGGCCCAGCGCCAGGCUGCAGAUGUACUGGGAGCUGUGGGCCAAGCCCGUGUCCCAGCUGCGGGCUGACUUCACCCUGUACGAUGGGGACUCAGGCCCCACUGUGGAGCUGUCCUGCCUGGCAUCCUCAGGCAGCCCACCCAUCGUCUACAGCUUGCUUGGCAAUGACGGGCGUGUGCACGCACAGCAGAGGCCACCCCAUGGGAAGCCGGCCAACUUCUCCAUCCCACUAGCCCAGAUGUCGGGCUGGUUCCACUGCGAAGCUGCGAACGGCGUCAGCGUGGACAGCAGCGCCCGAGUUCUGCUGCCCCCAGGGGAGCUGCCCGUGACAGCCACCUGCAUGCUGGCUGGCAGCCUGGUCUCCAUUGCAGCUAUUAGUUUCGGGAUGCUGAGGUCAACCAGGUCGUGACCAGAAGACAGAGCCCAGGCUUUCCUGCCUGCCCUACACAAGAACCCAUCCCUGGAGCGGAAAAGAGCCUGGGGGCUGGGGGCAGAAAGGUUACGCGUGUGCAGAUCAGGGUACCAAAAGUAGUGCACCCCAAGAAGUCUGGAGCAUUAGUGUGUAUAAGGCCCAAAGAAAUAAAAUUGUGCGUGGGAGUCCUGCAGCGUGAGUGGUUGUUGGCGGCCUGAGUGACUGAGUGGCUGUGCUUGCUCGCAGGUGUACUGGAGCCCAGCCUUAAACUGCUGGUCACGACCCCACUGAGGUCGCAUAACUGAAGAGGGGAGUCAUCAACAAUUUGGCAACAGUGAAAAGAUUGUGUGUGGUGGCUCAUGCCUGUAAUCCCAGAAUUUGGGAGGUAGAGGCAGGAGGAUCAGGUCAUCUUAGUACAGGAGUCUGGGUCUCAAAGAAACAAACAAAUAAAAACAAAAAUUGAGGUGUCAGCUGAGUGUGGUGCGUACACCUUUGCUCCCAGCACUUGGGAAGCAGA